UGGCGUUGUAACAAGCAGUGACAUUGGAUGCUGCUGAAGGUAAUCCGCUGUCUUCAGUCGUCUUCUUCCAUACAGGUCGCUGUCGUUUUGGCCGCCUUCAUCCCGCUGUAUGAGAAUGCGUGUGAAAUCGAUAUUCCGCCGUAUACCACCAGGAGUUCGUUACCUUGUGCGGAUCCUGGCCGUGUCUGUCCUCUUCAUCACGUUACUGGCCUUGUUUUCUCAUAGUAUGGGGGGAGAGGACGAGAUAGCCCAAGGAGCGGCCGCUAACGCACGUCGGGUCCGGAGGAUGGAGAAAGUGUGCGAGAUGCAAGGUUUGGCUGAAGGAACAUCCAAGCUAAUGUCAAAACUGCGAGAACCGGAAGGAUUGAUUUUGCCCAUCCAGUUCGUAGUCGACGACGUCUUCAACGUUCUUUACUGCCAAAUCCCUAAGGCUGGCUCCACAAAUGUGAAGCGGACAUUUCUUUUAGCACAUGCGCUGAAGAACGAUACCGAGGCAGCUAAGAAGGACGUCAUCGACCUUCAGGACAUGAGCCCUGAUCAAACCUGGAAGAACACCAAGGUUGAGUUCUCCAGACUCACUGAAAAAACCGACGAGGAAGCAGCGAGAAUUCUAAGCAAUUACACGCGCAUGAUCAUAGCCAGGCACCCGUUUGAGCGGCUCCUGUCGUUUUAUAAAAUGUUGUUUGUUGCCAGUGGUUACGAAGAUUUCAGCAUGAAAGUAAACACUGUGAACUUGUAUCGUCAGAUUUGUGAGAGGUACGGAUGGGAACCACCCCCUAAAAAUAUCAAAAUGAUCACGGAGCCGAUCAAAUUACCUUUCCCGACCUUCGUACAAUACGUCAUUGAUCACGACAUCCGCACGCGCAGGGGGGAGUGGCAAAUCAACCACAAUUUGGACGCUCAUUGGCUGCCCAUGUGGAGGCAGUGCUGGCCUUGCACCGCCCACUUUGACGUGAUUGGUCAAGCCGAGACCAUGGACCGCGACAUCGCUUUUAUCACAAGAAAACUUGGCGUCAAGCAGCGCAUAGUUUACCCUGAUGAUUUAAAAAGGCGCACUGCCAGCGAGGUUCCUAUCUGGUUUUCACAGAACAUUACUUGCAAUCAACUCGAAGCCUUAAAUGAACUUUAUUCUCUAGAUUUCGAUUUAUUUGGAUACGCUCCAUUUGAUAUUAAAUCCGUGAACUGUAUAUGGGAAGACCCGGCAGCCAUAAGGAAGAGGGCGGCCUCGAUACCAAUUCAAAAUCCGGCAGGUGCGCCGGCGGCACCUGCUGCUGGCGCGGCGCCAAAUCCACCUGCGGCAUAGUGGCGCCGCCUAGACUGAAUCUGUGACGUCACUAUCUGUGCUCUUAAGCUGUUCGCAAUAGUACUGUCUCCAAACCUUGUCCAGUUUCUUGAUCUAUUUUCCCUUCCCCGUUUCACUUUAUAUAGACUAGCGCACGUUCUAAGACAAUGUAAACUUUUGUGACGUCGUACACCCAUUAGCGUACGAUGUCAAUUUGUGCUAGGGAUCUGACGUCACAUUGCUCUCUGCCAGCUAAAUCUACCAGCUCUUGCAGUCAAAAUUGGGAUUUGUCACGUGUUUUUAUCCAAUGUGUAUACGUCGAGGGAUAGUUUGAGUAGAAAAAAUUGUGAAUAAAUGUAAAACCAGUGUAGUAUUUAACAAAUUUUUACGGCCUACUGAGAAGUGGAAAUAAUAAGUGGAAAUAAUGUAUGGUUAUCAGAAGACGUUUUACAAUAAAAUUAUUGAAAUA